CCUUGAGCUCCUUAGAGGAAAAGAUGGCAUAUAGAUAUAAUAAACGAAAUGCGUCACAGCAUUCCGCACACGCGCUCCAUCGGGCAACCAAAAAACAACACGGCAGCUGAAGGAUUCCGGCCCUGCAAAAGCACUUGAGAAGAGCGCCGGGGAAGGGGCGUGGCCUAGGUCGUACUGAGGACCAGAUGGACAGGCCUUCUCAACCAACCACAUUCGCCCGAGCCAGGGCUAGAGAAACUAUUCGACAGGUGCCCUCGGUUAUCCAUGACCUGUUUGGGAAAGCGGCCGCAUGAGGAGGCGGGCAGAAAGGGGCGGGCCUCGGCUUCCGAGGGAGGAGCGCAAAAGCACGGAAGCGGGCGGGACUCCCAGCUUCACCCUCUCUAUAGGUGCCCCAGAGGGAAGUGGGCGGAGCGAGGAAAUCGUGCUCGAGACUGUGCCGUUGCUCGCCCUGAGGCGGCCGGUGGGAGUGCGCUUGCGCAAGAGAAGGACCGAUCUGUUCCUUAAAUCACCUCAGGAGGGGAGUGGACCGGGCCGCGCAGGCCCGCCGUGAGGGGAGGAAGAUGAUGGAGCGGGAGACGGCCGCGCUGUCUCGGCAACCGCGGCGGCGGCCGCGGCUUUGGGCCUUCUGCCUGCCGUGCUGCUUCUUGCUGUGGUGCCGCCCAGUGACAGGGAUGGAGUCCACCGCGUCGCCUUCGCCAUCUCCCGCUACGCGUAAGCGAGGAGGCCCUUCUGGGCUGCCCGGGACGGGUCGUGGCGGGUGAGGGGGGGCUCUGCUCUUGCUUCCUCCCUGGUCCUGGUCUUGGUUGGAGGCAGGGGCCGGAGCGGCCUCUCCUUGGGCCCUUGGAGGGCUGGGCCGUUUCCCCCGCUUGUUUACCCCCCUCCCCCAUGUCGGGCACCUUCAGGUACAAGUCGCGCGUCCCUUUUGUCCUCGCGAGGAAGCCCGACGGCAACUUCCCUUUCUCUGGCUCAAAGAAGGAACUGUUAAAAUGGGCAGGUGUAUUAUAGUGCCAGUUUCCGGGGACUGAAAGUUCCCCUUCUCGGUCUUGUUUGCACUCGUCCCAACCUAGAUAGCCGUUUUGGACGUACCUGCCCUGUUAACUGCUGCCCCCUGGCCUCGAUUCACCCCCCAACUGCCUCCUUUAUCAUGAUGACAUCUCCUCCGACAUAACUGACCGCAGGACUUGGAAGCCCAUUCCCCUUUUUUCAGUGACAAAUAAGGGAUAAUGGCUAAUAGUUUAAAUAACCCAGAAUUGGAUUGUUGUGGGUGUAUUUCCACUUAAUUUUGUCUCCUGUUUCCUCCCUUCCUAUCUCCCACCCUGUGCCAGUGUUCUGUUUCCAUGCAAGGAGGCUUAUCUUCGUUGUAUGAGAGACUGGUACAGCUCAAACUGUGGCUGAAGCUAGCUGAUUACUUACAGACCACAAGUGAAAAACGAAAGCUGUAAAUCAGAAAGAUGAUCCUGGGGGCACCAAAUAAGUCCUUCAUGAGUACCAUCCAGUGCUUUUUGUCCUUAAAAAUGUUUAGGGGUACUCUCAUUUUCCUACUCAUAUUGAAAUAGGUAAAGGUAAAGGGACCCCUGACCAUUAGGUCCAGUUGUGGCCGACUCUGGGAUUGCGGCACUCAUCUCGCUUUAUUGGCCAAGGGAGCCGGUGUACAGCUUCCGGGUCAUGUGGCCAGCAUGACUAAGCUGCUUCUGGUGAACCAGAGCAGCACUCGGAAACGCUGUUUACCUUCCCGCUGGAGCGGUACCUAUUUAUUUACUUGCAGUUUGACGUGCUUUCGAACUGCUAGGUUGGCAGGAGCAGGGACCGAGCAACGGGAGCUCACCCCGUCGCGACGAUUUGAACCGCGGACCUUCUGAUCGGCAAGUCCUAGACUCUGUGGUUUAACCCACAGCGCCACCCACGUCCCUCAUAUUGAAAUACUGCCGCUCAAUGUGGCCAAACUUAGAUUUACAAAAUAUUUAGGGGUGUGCACCCCCUGCGUCCCCCCAGAAAAAAGGCACUGGUACCAUCACACCCAUGGGAGCUGAGUUGGCAGCCCCUGAAAUAUGCCAACCCUAGUUCUUGUCUAGAUGAAUGUAAGGCCAGACCUAAGAUUCAGUAUCCUGUUUCAAAAUAGGGUGAAGUGUUUUGGGUGUGUUUGUGUGGUGCUGAAUGUCUUGUUGACAUCUCUAAGCAGAGUUUAGACUAGUACACAAAUGGGUGGAAGUUGUUUUGGAGGAUUUACAGUUCUUUAAUGCAUUCUAAAGUGUUUUAGCAUAGUUCAGAUUCAAAUUUCAUAGCUGUCAGAAAAAUAAUAGAUUCAAUUAAGUUCUUCAUUUUUCAUGCAAACUUUAUUCCUUUCCAGCAUGUGCUGCUUUUACUCAAAAGACAUGUGAAGAAUGUGUAAAAAAUACCAAAGUAAGUUUAGUCACUUUUAUAUCCGGGGGGAUUUUCUAGUGAUAACAUAAGUGGAUAUUUCAUGCACAGGCCGAAGAAAAUGUUUUGCAAGUAUUUGUUGCUGCACUUCAGUAGAAAAUGGAAGUCCUUAUUCUCUAAUGGAAAUUUACUGGACAAACUCUCACACAACUGACUCAUUCACCAUGGAAACUGGAACUGGUUGCUAUUUUUUCAGGGAGCCUUGGAAAACUGUUCUUUAUUUUUUGUGCUUUUGCAAGAAACUAUAUGCUCAAAGUGAUGUGCUCUAAUACCAAGUUGCUUUACACAGUAGACUUGAAGGGGAGAGCACUGUUGCAUUCAAGUUCUUCUUUUGGGCUUCUUGCGGAUAUCUGAGAACAGAGCUGCAUUGAUAGGCAUUUGAUCUGAUCCACCAGUCUCUUGUGUACUUAAGGCAUGACUUGACUUUUAUAGGAUAAAACAGCUUCCCUUCAUUUGAUAAUUACAACUCAUAAUUCUGUGCAGAGUUCAAAUGUUUAAAAAUCUACUUUAAAUUAGUAUAGAAUAGAGUUCUUAAAAUUAUAAACAUCUGGUUUGAAAACAACAUAAGCAUACAUUGCAGCAACUUCUCAAAGUGCAUCAGUUUUAAAAAAUAUGUAUCAAUGUUAACAACACAAAAGGAUAUCAAAACUUUCUCUAAUACUGAGCAGUUUGCCAAAGUUUUUAACAUAGUAUGUACAAAAUGGUCAGAACUGUUUGCCAAGGCUUUUAACAGAUAUUGUGAGCAGGGUUGUCAACAAUGGUCUGUGUUUACUCAACUGCCCCAACUCAACAAGUACUUCAAGCAGCACCAAUGUAGAUAGGAGCUGCUGUCUAUUGGAUUUCAGUCUCUCACCAGGAAACCAGUCUCCCUGAAAUCUAGCUGUGAGAGGUUGUAUUUGCUGCUGGGCUAGAGAAAGUAAGUAGGGAUUCUGUCAGUAUAAUGACCAUUCCGCUGACCAACAAUUUCCUUCCCUGAGCGGAUAGAUUUGAUGUUGGGGCUAGUGUUUGAAAACCCCCCAACUUUGGUUCUGGGGGAUUUAAACAUGCAUGCUGAAACCAUCUUAACAAGUCCAGCUGUCAUGACUAUUAUGGAACUAUCUCAGUAUACAUCAUAGACCCAAUGUAUAGAGUACCUCAUACCUGCAAUCUGGUUCUCACAAAUGGAAGACUUGUAGAUGUGUCCGGAGAAAGUACAAAUCACCCUGCUGUCAUCAACCAACAAUUUCCUUGUAGGAUUUAGGCUAUUGAUAGUGUUGCCACCCUGAAAGGAUGGAUGACUCCUUAGAAUGUUCUGUAGCAAGACACUAAUGGAAUCUAAGGGAUUCCUGAAUGCUCUAGGGAAGUUUCCAGUUGGCAUGGCUGAUCACAUCUGAGGCCCUGAUCUCACUGUGGAAUGGUGAGAUGGGAAGGGUCAUAGAUUGAGUCAGUCCUGAGCACUCUCCUAUGCUUGACUUCCUGGUUUUCAGAUGAGCUCUGAUCAGUGAAAUAGGCUGCAUGACUGUUGAAGCAUAAGUGGAACAAAUAGUGUACCAAGUACAACUGACCACCACUGUUAAGAGUGCAUGUUUGCACCUACUGAGUGGUAGUGGUGGCAGUGAAGAAGGCUUACCGUUGCAUCCUCAUGUGGCUAUUCAGCAGAGCUUUUCCAGGCAGUGAUGGUGCUAAAGGGAUCCUCCCAUAAGGGAGAAGGCCUUGAACCUUUAGAUGCUUGCUGUGACAGAUUGGCCAGGUACUUUUAGAAUAGCUUGUCCGUGUUGAUUUAAGCAGAGUCUGUCGUGCCCAACGGAAGGAUGAGAAUACGUGCUGCAUACUCUUUAUUGCUUUAUUUACAGUUCAAAGCUGGUAUAUUACAGAAAGACAUCUUGCCUCUGCAAGAGCAGAAAAAUGCAUCCUCUCUCCUCAACAGCACGGAGAGAAUCACAGUGAAAAACAGGAAACCAGUGUACGUCACAUCCAGUCUCCCUUUCCCGUGAGAAACUCCAACAGUACAGACUGUGGAAUGUAAAACAAUGUCUUGUGACUGCAGAGCUGCACAGUGAAGGAAAACAGAAACCAACAUCCUCCCCCUUUCUGUGAACAUCACUGGGCAGCGUGUUCGUACAGUAUCAGUACAAACCCAACUUCUGCACAUAGGUACAGUGUUGAUCCCUUGAUACAAUCUUGGACAAUACAUCAGCAGGAAUUUCAUUACCUGGCAUAUAGGACACCGUUACGAGUCCCUUCUGAAUACAUUCCCUAGCAUGCUGCAACUUUAAUUGCAAGUGCUUUGUGCUUUGCUUACAACCUUCAGACUUCAGCAAAGCCAAACAUGCUUUGUUGUCCUGGUAAACCUGGAUUGGACAUUUGACAGGAAUUUUCAUAUCUUUGCACAAUUGUACUAACCAUUCACAAUCCUUAAGUGAAUAAGACAGUGCAUUCAGUUCAGCUUCACAAGUAUUUAAGCUAACUGUUGUUUGCUUCUUGCAUGACCAAUCAAACAGACUCUGAUUGUACAUGUAGCAAACUCCAGACGUACCUUUCCUGUCUGUAGCGUCACUUCCAAAACUUGCAUCUGCAAAUAUCUCAAGACCACCAGACUUCUGAUUGUUAAAUCUCAGUCUGUAAUGCAUAGUGCCUUUCAAAUACCGCGCUAUGCGUUUCAGAGCUUUCCAAUCCUUGACACUAGGAUUGUUGACUUGUCUGCUUAGCAAAUUACAGCUAACAGCAAUGUCUGGUCUUGAACAUCUGGCAAUGAAGUUUAGCUUGCCUAGCACACUCCUGUACAGUGUAGUGUCAGAAAAUGCUUCUUCAGUGUCAUCUACCUGAUAACCUGUUGUCAUCGGUGUGUCUACAGGGUUAGCAUCCAUCAGAUUUAGUUUGCUUAACACAUCAGCAAUUUUCCGUGACUGGUGUACUAGAAUGUUACCAUCUUGAUCUCUCUCUAUUUCCAGAGAUAGGUAGUUGUUUACCUCACCAAGAUCUUUCAUGUCAAAGUGCUCUUUCAGUUGAGCUAGGGCGCUAUUGUACAUUGCAACAUCUUUCCAAAAGAAUAAUAAAUCAUCAACAUAAAACAAACAGUACAGUUUCUUUUGCCCUCCUCUUUGACAAAUACACAUGGAUCAGCUUUCCUUGCUGAAAACCUAGAGAAAACAAUACUUCAGUGAGUUUUGUGUGCCAACACCGUGCACUUUGUUUGAGACCAUAAAGGGAUUUCUUCAGAGCACAAACAAAUCCCUGUUUUACCUGUACGCCAUCAGGUGGAAGCAUAUAAAGUGAUUCAUCUAGAGAUCCGUACAGAAAAGCUGUAUUAAUAUCAUGGUGACUAAUGUGUAGAUUUUCCUCUGCAGCUAGCUUGAGCAUAAGCCUAAUGCUUUCAUAUCUCACUGUGGGUGAAUAGGUCUCGUGAUAGUCUUCACCUGGUACCUGUGCAAAACCUCUGGCUACCAAUCUGGCUUUGUGUCUGACUAUCUUGCCAUUUUGAUCUGUCUUCGCUUUGAAGACCCAUUUGCUUCCAAGCAGUUUCAUUCCUGGAACUACUGGAACUAGUUCCCAUGUUUUGUUCCUUUCUAAGGAAUCAAGCUCAGCCUUCAUGGCAUUUAACCAUGGCUCAGCUUCCUUUGAAUCCAAACCCUGGAUUUCUUGGAAACUUGAAGGUUCAAAUACCUUCUUGGAGCUUUUAACAGCUGUUACUGCUAUCUUAGCAAACUCAUCAGCAAAUCUCUUUGGAGGUUUGCCUGUUGUGGCUCUCUGUGACCUACGAAUUAUCCUUAAGUCUUCAACACUCUCCUCUUCCUUCUUAGGAGAAAAACGACCUAUUGUGAACAAUGGUUCCUCCAAUUCUUGAUCAGAGCUUUCAGAGGGUCGCAUAGAGGCUUUCGCACUCUUGAAAUCCUCUGAAUCACCCGAUUCAGUUUCAGAUUCAGACUCAGAACCUUCAUCAGUGGGUGUGGGCUGUUGUGGUUGCUUUUGACUAUCCUCAGUCUCAUCACCGUCAUCAGGAUAACAUUGGAAAAUUCCCACAUUCUCCCCCACUUUGCAUUGUACUCAACACUUCUCGUGAGCUUAAUUGUCUUAGAGUCAGUCAUCAUUAUUCUGUAAGACCCUUUCUGAUAACCUAGAAAGAUACCAUGCAAUCCACGCUUGUCUAACUUGGAGUUUUGUGGUGAGCGAACCCACAUGUCAGAACCAAAAAUCUUCAUGUGUUUGAUGUAUGGCUUCUUGCCAAACAUCUUCUCAUAGGGGGUACAUCCAAUCGCUGAAGAUAACCUGCGAUUGUAACUGUAAACAAAACACGAGAGAGAUUCGGCCCAAUAACUCUCUGGAAGAUUGGCAUCAUGCAGCAAGGUUUUUAACCCUUGAAGCAAAGUCUGAUUUGCCCGUUCCGCAAGUCCAUUCUGCCAUGGCGAGCGAGGACUAGACAAAUCGUGUUGAAUUCCUUUCUCAGUCAGAAAAGCUUCAAACUGCUGAGAAGUGAAUUCUCCCGCGAUCACUGAAAAGAGUCUUUAUCUUCUUACCAUGCACAUUUUCCAACCAAGCACAGAAUUCCUUGAACCUAGGAAAAGCCUCUGAUUUCUGCUUGAGAUUGUACACAAAAAUAUAUCUAGAAAAUGCAUCAAUGAGAACCAUGAAGUAUCUAUUUCCACCCAAAGAGGGCGUUAGUGGUCCAACCAAAUCAGCAUGAACAACCUGGUAUGGUUCUGUAGCUUUCCUACUAGACACCUUACCUUUCGCAGCCAUUUUCACCUUGUUUGCUGCGCAUGCUUUGCACUUCAUGUGGUACCUGCAGGGUUUAAUAGUCAUACCUUCAACCAAGGCAGGCAUUUUAGAUACUGCCUCAAAAUGCAAAUGACCAAAUUUGCGAUGAAAAUCGUGAAUACAUUCUGCAUGCAAACUUUUGUUAGAACCUGCAAUGCAACAAGUGUCAUCCUGCACCACAUCAUCAUAAUACAAAACAAACAAACGAUCAACAUAUUCUGCAUGCAAUACAUAAUCAUUUUUCUUUGUGAUGAUGCACUUCUUGUUCUUGAAGGAAACGUCAAUGUUCCGCUCAUUCAGCUGUCCAACGCUGAGCAGAUUAUGUUUGGCGUCUGGCACGUAAAGCACAUUCUGUAUCGAUAAGUACAAACUGUGAAGAACAACAGUUCCGUAGCCUUUACUGGGAAUAGUGUGGUCAUCCGCCUGGUGAAUCGCACCUUCCUGCGGUGUAAAAGACACAAACAGUUUCUUAUCGUUGCACAUGUGGUGGGUGGCCGCUGAAUCAACAACGAAGAAAGAUCUAGACGUCUUCUGGACCUCUGCAACCUUUGGAGUGAAGCGUGAAACCAUAGCCUUGUGCUGCGUUGUCCUAGACACCGGACCUUUGCCUUUGCCUCGGCCUUUUCCGCGUGAUGAGCUUCGCUGCGCUGCUCUGUCUUGGCCCUGGGAUGUCUGCAUUCCCUCUUCAUAUGGCCUAGACGUCCACACGAGUAGCAUUUCACUGCCUUCAAAGCUUUGGCGCCAUCUGGUGGUUCCACUGCACUAUGGGAUGACGUCUGUGAAGACUCCCCUUGCCCAUGCAGCUAGCACCCCGGCGAUCUGCUUCAUUUAAAAUCACGGCAGUAACAAAGUCCACUGUCAGCUGAGCAGUUGGUUGCACAGCAAUCUGGGUUGCAACAGACUCCCAACCUGAACCCAAAGAUUGUAGUAUCAUGAAAGAAUACACAGCCUCUGGAAAGUUGAGUCCUCUCUGUUGCAGCUCAUGUCUCAGAUUUUGCAUCUGCAUCAGAUGUAAACGCACAUCUCCACCUUCAGCAAGAGCCAUAUUAUGCAGCUUGUUAAAAUAAAACAUAGUGGAUCCAGCUUCUGUCCUUAAGUGAGCCUCUCUCAGAGCGUCCCAAAUUUCUCUGGCUGAGGUCUUAUCACGCAAUAGACAGAGCUCUUCUGGGGAUACUAUCAAUGUAAGAGUUCCCUUGCUUUGGAAUCCUUAGCUUCCCAUGCAUCUGUAACUGGAACUGGGGGGGUUUCUGUAAUCACCUCAAACAAACCCUCUUCCGCAGAAUUGCCUCUGCAUACUGAACCCAGUCGCUGUAAUUUUUCUUGUUGAGCUUAGGAAUCCCACAAGCAUCCUGAAGGGCCAUCAUGACUCUGGCAUUAGCCUUCAGCGUCAUUAUGCUGCUUUAAAUCUUGCUGCGUCACUGCUGCAGCUGCCUUAUCACAAAGGCACACUUAAAAGUUACUUUCGAUUUCCCCAGCAUAGUGACUUGUGCCUGGGAGCCUUUUGCCUAUUACCGGCAAAACCGGCUUUAAAAGUUCAAAGUCCAGCCAUAAAGCCAUUAACUUGAAGCUGGCAGGCUGCCCGGAGCAGUAGCACAUACCUCAUCAAUCACUUCGACGCGCAGAGCAGAUUGCGUUCCGAUCCGUUCCUCUGCAUUCCGAUCCUCUGCCGGCACUCCGAUUCGACCUCUGGAGUCCAUAACCACGUGUUGAUUUAAGCAGAGUCUGUCGUGCCCAACGGAAGGAUGAGAAUACGUGCUGCAUACUCUUUAUUGCUUUAUUUACAGUUCAAAGCUGGUAUAUUACAGAAAGACAUCUUGCCUCUGCAAGAGCAGAAAAUGCAUCCUCUCUCCUCAACAGCCCGGAGAGAAUCACAGUGAAAAACAGGAAACCAGUGUACGUCACAUCCAGUCUCCCUUUCCCGUGAGAAACUCCAACAGUACAGACUGUGGAAUGUAAAACAAUGUCUUGUGACUGCAGAGCUGCACAGUGAAGGAAAACAGAAACCAACAGUCCAUUUGUGACCGAUCCUUGGGAUUUAUGUUUCCCCUUCUGGUUAUACUUGUGGGCUCCAAUAUCUUCCUUCUUUGUUGAAAUAUGUAAACCAGGUCUACUUUGUUUUGAACAAAUUAAGGAUUGAUUGGUUAGGAUAUAAAGGGAGAAUAGUAUGAUUUGUUUGAAAAAACCAAGGAGGAAGUUGGGGAGAGUAGGAAUCUGAGGAUUCGUCAUAACUGGCCAAACCAUGGCUUGCUUUUGCAUGCAUACCAUUACCAAGUCAUGAAAACUAUUUUUAUAAGAUGUCCAUUUGUUUAAAUAGUACAUAGUUCUUUUAAAUAGUACAUAAUUCUUCUGUAUUUAAUAGCAAUGAAUGACUUUUGUGGUAACUGCAGAUAGUUUGUUAGCACUGGCCUUGUGACUGUGAGACUGUUUACAUUUUAAUAGCCGUUUUUGAACGUUUUCUUCACUUUCCCUAAUUUGGUUAUGUACUCUUCAGAAGUAAAGACUGAUUUAGUUGUAUUGGUGUGGUACAAUGGCCCCAUAUUUUUUUUAAGCUGUAGCUCAGAUAGAUAAUAUCCCUUUGUACUCAGUAGUUGUUUUGUCUGAAAGAAUAGCCUAAUUGUGUUAAACCAACAUCUAACCCAGUAUCUACUGUCCAACUGCUCUUGGACAGUUGGACAGUAACAAUUUAGAGCAAGCAUCUUUGGAAACCUUUUGCUGCGCCUUUCACAGCUAUAGGUUCAGCAACAGGGCAGAAAAAAGGAGCAGAGCCAGGAAGCAGUGGAAGAAUAAAAGUGUAGGAGAAAGUGUUGGAAAAAUAGAAUGAAGUGGAGGCAAGGAAUAAGAUUGGGCAAUAACUGCUGAACAUCUUACCUCUUCUGUAAAUUCCUACUAGCACAUUUACACCAACAUUUCAUUUAAAAUCUUACUGUACAGUUCUUACAAUGUGAACAAAGUAACUUCUGAGCUAUUGUGAAGUUACUAAAGCAACAUAAAUAAAUAUAUUGUAAACACUGGCAAAGUUUAGAGUAGUUAUGGUAACAGAAUGAUGAAUGACAUUCACAAUGCUGCAGUGUUAGUCUCGUCCUUGAGGAAACAUAAGCCUGACCUUCAUUACCUGGAUCAUAUGUGAUGCUAAGUCAAACCAUUGCUUAAUAUAUGUGAAUUUGAGGGUUCCCAGAGAGAAGAUGGCAGCUGCUUCUGCACAUCUCUCCUACUGCAACCCAAUUCAUGGUCUGGCUUAUUGUGUCAUUUGAACCCAGGAAACAUUGCCAUUGGGAGAGGGCACCAGGAGCAGAGGAAGAAAAGUGUUGUAGUUUCUACUAACUGUAAAACUGUCAUUGGCUUCUUUUAAUACCUCAAAAAUUGACAUAGAGGGUGUGCUUCAAUCACGACCUGCUCCCCACAGAAAAUGUCAAGUUACAGCUCCGUUUUAGUUUAAUUUCAGACUAUGUUAACUUCUCAAGAAGUGUAAGAUUGAGUGGUUGACUUGCAUACUUCCUGAUAAGACUACUUCUGUUUAUUUUUCACUUUUGUUCUGCUUAGUGUCUUUGGUGCCAUGUCAAUUCCACUUGUAUGGACUAUCCUGUGAGGAAACUCAUUCCACCAUCUUCGCUGUGUAAACUUACAGAUGCUUAUUGGGCAAUUUGCUGGGGUAGGUAAUGAUUGUGAUUGUCUUUAAUUUAUUGUUACUUGUAAUGGAAGCUAUGAAAUGAUGAUCAUAAUUCUUCAUGCAAAAGUACUUAACUGGAGUUCUCCCACUAGUCAAUAUUUCAUAUAUGCACCAUUACCUUACAUGGACUAUUUAUAAGCUUAAAAAUAGUCUUGCACACAGCACUAAUCACCAUUGGAUUUCCUGAAGCUUCCAUUUUAAUGAGACUGUUUUUCUGGGAAGUUUGUUUCUGAAUUGUUUACUGCUGAUCUCUGAUACUGAACAGAAAAAACACAGUUCUGCUAAGUGGUAGGCUUAAGAAUAAAGUCAAGUUCUCUGGAUAAUGUUGUCCUCUUCUGAAGUUGUCUUCUCUGAUUUGCGUUCAGUUAAUCAACUCACUUAGCUUGCACAAUUGUUGCAUUCAGUUAUAAUACCACAUCAUGGUAUAAUGCUAUGAUAAUGAUCUUAGUUUCCCCUCAGAUGGUCACAAGAAAGUGAUAGGUUGUUGCUACGUUAAUUUUAGAUCAGGGUGGAUAAAAAUCAAUGUUUUUUUUAAAAAAGAAAUUAAAAAUUGAAUUUUUUAAUUUAAAUCGGAUUUUAUUAAAUUUAAAUCGGAUUUUUAAAAUAAAAUGCUUUUGGAGGAAAAAUCUUUCUAGAGAUAGUUUUCUAUUUAAGUUACAUUGUAGUCCAAAGGCUGUUCAUCAGGAAAUAAGGAUUUCUUUUAAGUUUUUCAUGUGUCCUAAGACUCAGUCUUAAGGUUUUUUUAAAAACAACCAUUUAACCACAUCAGUUAACAAACAUGGAUACAUAUGCUAUAAUGUUAUUGUUUUAGUUAAAUAAUCAUUUCCUUAAUAACAAUUAAACAAUUUAUUUUUCUCCUUCCAAUAAAGUACAGCAGAAAAGUUGUCCAAAUAUAAACAGUUAACUUAUUAAACCUCACAAUAAUUUCAGAAUUAUCUGUCUGUGUAUUUCUAAUAGUAAUUUUUGAUAUAACUGUAAAAACUACUCUGAAAAUUUAUUAUUCCAAAAAUGAAACCUUCAUCUGGUUGUAAAUAUUAAGAUUAUACCAGCAAGAAUGAGUCUUUCUGUAAAAAAAAAGAAAAUAUUUAAAUCAAGUCUUACUGACUAGUGAUUUAAAUCAUGAUUUAAAUAGAUUUGAUUUAAAUCAAAUCCGCCCUGUUUUAGAUUAAGUGUAGUUUAAUGAACUGCUGUGUAGCAUAUCAUCUAAAUUCUAAACAAGCCACUCCAUAAUCAUGGUUGGAAGUUAACUUCUUUUCAAGCAAACCAUAGUUAAGAUUAACAACAGUUUGUUUGGUUCUGACAAAACAGCAAACCAUGGUUAAUCAAAAUGGAAAUGAAAGCUGAUUUCAUGGGCUGGGCCAGGAGCAGUAUGGGAGCCCAAAGCUUGCUGUAGCCUAUUCCCAUUGUUCUAAACUAUGGAUUUGCCUUGCAUUCAAUUUCUCUUUGUUUUAAAUUGUUUAUAUGAGGGAAGAGUUCUUACAAUACUUCAGAUCCACUUGUGUGUAGAGGGUUAUCAAAAAUAGAUUUCACUGUUCACAAAGCUCUGUCGUAGUACAUGAGUUCUCUUUAUAUGUUACAUGUGUAGAAGGAAUGCAGAUGGGUUUUUUGCCUAACCCCAUGUGGAGUUUAAGUUGAAAAUAUCUGAUUUUGCUACCCAUGUAAUUCUAAUUCUCUCAUUUUGAAAUGUGACAUUUUCUUUAGUGGUUGUUUUCUAUUUUCUUCCAGGAUAUCUGCCUAAUAUUGUAGAAGACAUACUUGAGAAUGGAUAAAAUUGAAAUUUGGAUUCCAUAGCAUUCCACUUGCCCUUUUAAAUAAACAGACCAUGUGCUAAUGUUCUGACUAUCUUAAUAUGCUUAGUUUUAAGUUUAAUUACCAGUUUUAAGAUCUUUGAUAUAAGAACUAACCUAUUAAAAUGUGCAGGGCAGUACCUUGGACCCAGUUAGAUGGAAUCUCUAAACUAGAAGAACACAUUUCACAAUGACAGGCCCAUCUACUUCAUCACAUAAGUGAAUUCCAGUCAUUCCACUAAGAUAUAAUAUGUAAGUUGCUGCAAGGUGGUCUUCUAAUGGGCCCUAGUCGCUUCCCUGCAUGGAGCUCUUCUCUGUUACUGUAUUUCCUUCCUUUGCUAACCUUUGCAUGUACUAAAAUUCUGCUUUUAAUUUUCAGUCAACUUUGAGGCUAUGAUCAUCAGCAUUGCAGUUGUAGCAGGCUUCCUUCUCCUCCUUAUAGGAUGUUGCUGCUGUUACUGCUGUCGCAGACGUCGUUCUAGAGGGUAAAUGGUUUUUCUUAGUAACUUUGCUUGAUUUUUCUCCCCCCGACUUCAUCACCAUUUAUCUAUAAUAAAGUUGUCCUUGAAAUUAAGGGUUAUACAAAUGUGAUUUUAAGCACCUGAUUGAAAAACAUACAUAGUAUGGUUGUCUUUGUUUACAAAAAUUACAGGGAUCCCCAGUACAGAAUGGGUCUGCUCUACAUUGAGUGUAAACUUCGUGUCAGAACUGGGUUUUUUUAAAAUUUAAUGUACAGUUUCCUGAAGAAGGUAUUAUACACUUGAAACACAUUGGAUAUCUGAAACAUAAAUUCCAUUAAAUGCACUUUCAUGACAUGUUGGGGCUCAUUCUUUAAUGUCCAUUACACAUUGUGUCCACUGGGUGUCAGUGUUUUUUCCUCAAUAGGCUCGUAUGAAGUAGCAGAUGAAAGAUCUGUCUUUUAACUUAAAUCAGUUUGAUAUGUCUUGUUAUGAUGCUGGUGAGUUAAAAGCUAGAAAGUUAAAAGCUAGAAAGAACCAUGUUUUGGCCUCUGAUUCCUAUUUCACACUUCCUCAGGUGAAUUCAAGAAGGGAAUCAAUAAUCUACCGCUAGUCAGAGAAAUGGUUCCCAGUCAACUAAUCCCAUACUGUGAUAUCCAAGAUCAUCAUUUUUAUCUUGAAUUACCAACACUCUUAUUUAUUCUACAAAAUAUAUGACACAUAAGGUGCAGUCAAUGAAUCAUGACUUUCAAGUGUGUGUUAAUGUCAGCUUCAAAUUCUUCAGUAUAAGAUACCACUUGAGAUUAAUUUGUAGAGAAAAUGCUGCAAAUUUGUGAAUGUAUGGGUAAAUUAACAAACAUAAAUUCCUCAUAAACUAUAUAUCAGAAAUUAUAGUUUUUUGAUACAAAAAGCGCUUUAUUUCUUAGACGACCAUCUGAAGAAGAAGAAAGAUUUAUCAGAGAUCGGGAAGAAAAAAGAAUGCAGUCACUUCAGCGGUAUGUUUCAAAGCUUUUCUUUUUUAAAAAACACACCUAAAUACAUAAGUUUUGCUCAUAGAUGUCAUUAAAAAAGAGUCCAGCUAGGGAUAUGUUUAGUAUAGCCUUGCUAUAAAGCUUUGUAAGCAUUAAUUGCAGUAGUUCACUCUUAGUAUUUAUUAGGCAAUAUGCUUGUAAGCUGGCUCCUAAGGGUUUCAAUAAAUGCAACUCAUGAUGCUAGCUAGAGGCUUUGAAACCCUAAAAAUAAUAAUUUGAUGCUUGAGGGCAGUCAGCUAUCUUGUACAAGUAGAUAUACAGGUCUGCUUCCAGACAGUGGUGGAGGAAAGGCAGCAUAAUAGAAUGAAGCAGUAUUGGGUGAGUCAUCAGAUCUACUGUUUACAGCUCCAGGAUAGCAAGAUGUUCUGCCUUGGUGCUGAUCCAUUUUGUUAGCUGUUCUCCUGUGGAUCUUCAAAGCUAGAGUCUAUUUGUGCUAUAUGUGAAUAGUAAUCAUGGUAGUAUUUUAUAUGAAAUAUAAAAUGAAUCACACUGUUUGCCUGAUAGCACCCAUAGUGAUGUACAUUUUAAAAAAACACUUUUUAACCCCUUGCCAAAUUUCUAGAACACAGAAUGCAGGCAGACAGGAACAGCAAUAAUUUCCAGUAAGGAUGUCUGAUUUCUUAGUUUUCUAAGUCAAAGAGAAAUUAGACUAUACAUAUAUCUAGAUUGUGCAGUUACCUUAUUUUUCUGUGUAUAAGAUGCCACCAUGUAUAAGAUGCCCCCUAUUUUUGGGGACUCCAAAUUAAGAAAACUCCCCUCAGAACUACCUGUUCAUAAGACGAGCCUACUUUAAACCUACUUUUUUGGUUAAAAAAACAACCCUGGUCUUAUACAUGGAAAAUACGGCAUUUGCAUGUUUCUUCAGAAGUAUUGAUUAUAUAUUCAUUUAAGAAAACAUAUAUCCCACUUUUUAGUGCUAAAGUACCACUCAGGGUAGCUUUCAACACCUGAAAAUUGCAGUUACAUAAAAGAAUAUAAAAUGACCAGAAAUAAACGUUCAUCAGUUAAAACUAAAGCAUUAAAAUCAUCUGCCACAUACAACAGAAGCCUGCAGGAAUAAAACCGUCUUCAACAACUGGUGAAAAUUAGCACUGCGUAAAUCAGGCCACACUUCACAGCAGGGCUUACCAUAAUCUGAGUGCAACCACCGAGAAGGCCCUUUCUCUGAAACAUGCUUCCACCCUAGACAGGGCACAGAGAAGCUCAGAUUCUUUGAAACGGAAAUUAAUAUUUGCAGAAUUCCUCUUGGGACAGCAUGGGAAGUGGACUGCACAAGCCAGACACUUUGCUCAGGCUUGCUGAUACUUGUUACUGUAGUGUUAUACUGCAGUUUAUCAUUACAUGUGAACCAGCAUAUAGUAAGUUGGUAGGACUGUGUUUCAAUAGUAGAAGCUAGUCUUGUUUCUUAUCUUUGUCCCAAAUUUAGGGUGGGAUGCAGUCUGCAUAUUAGUUGGAUGAAACUAAGUCCUAACUCUUUUGCACUAAGUCAGUCCCAAGAACCCUGUAAGAAUCAUGCAAACGAUACUGCAAUGUUACUCUUUUGUAGUUUGGUUCAUGUCCCUCAUGUCAUGUUAAAUUUAUUGUUGGCUUUGGACUAUUGAGCAGCAGAAGAUCUCCCAGCAUUCCAUUUAACAUCAGCUGCUAAGAUGAUCAGUCCUGGAUUUUUUUAUAGACAACCUCUGGCUAGAAGAAAAGUUGUCUAAGCUAAUAUAGCAUCUAUCUGUCUACUGAAACCUCAAAAAAUCUCCUUGUGUAUUGCCACAAUUUAGAAGUUAAUUUUCUUAGCCAUUAAAAAAACCUUUCAUUUUACAAGCUGUUACGUAUGUUAGAAUAAGAAUAUGCUUAUUCAGUAUGCAUACAUCAUUUAUUGGAAACCCAUACAUUUGCCUAUUACACAGUGAUAGGCAUUGCAUCACGGUGCAACAUAAUACAUUGAUGCAGUCCUCUAUCUAGAGUUUAUUUUGGGGCAAGAUCUGUGUUCCACUUAUCUUUGUGUUCUAAUGUGUAAGCAGGAGUUAAUUAUAUUGCAUUGUCGUAUUUUGCUUAAAAUUACUUCAAGUAUUUGUUUUUUAUGUUCACAAACUUUUCAGAAAACAUGAAAGAAAAGUCAAGCAUGAUGAGAUACGGAAGAAAUAUGGUAUGUAUAAUUCACAUUUAACACCCCCCCCCCCCAAUAUUUAGCCUAUUCUUAAUCAUGAACUAUUUGGAAAAUACAUCUUCAUACCUUCCCUGUCCCAAAAAAAGAGUUUGGAUGCUGCUGGAACCUAUUUGUUAUAUGGUCUCCAUAUUAUAUGUGGUUUGCAGGGUAAUUUAUGAUAAAAAUAUGAUGUUAAAGCAGUUUCAGUGUCUUGCUGGUCUUUCUUCUUAUAAGAUGGCAAGCCGGUCUUGCAGAUGCCAGACCAUGGUUCUGCAGUGAAUUUGGGAUCUUAACUCGCCUGCAGUAUAUCUGCCCUUACCCUGAACAUUUGCCUAAGAGACUACGUUUAAUUCUUAGCUUGUCUAUGGAGCACAAUCCCAACACCAGAUUGUGAGUUUAAUAUUGCAAUUUUGUUGAAUUUUGAAUGGUGGAGGCAAGAGAGGGUGAAUGAGGGAAGCAAAAGCCUUCUUUAGCCCCUAAUGGUUUAUAGUGUCUUGGAGAUGAGGGAAAAUACAGGCAGUGGUGGGAAAUACUUUUUAAUUAAUUUGUUAAUUUUAACCCUGCCUCCAGUAGAGCCAAUGAUGGCAUGCACAUAAUCCAUUCUAAUAACAGAAUAAAACAUUAAAAACACUCCAUUCAAAAAUUACAGUAAACAGUACCAAUCAACUACAACACAUUGGUACUCUGCUGUUGCCUGCAGUUAUGACACAAAGCUCAAGUUUAUUUGUAUCAUAUCACAAGAGUGAGGUAUAUUAAAACAUAUAUUAAAACACUCAAUAGUCAAACUCUCUUUGGCUAUUAACCUACAGUAACAUGUUUUGUAGUAUAUUGCUUCACCCUCUCUAAAUCAAAAGUUAUAGCUGCUUGAGUGCCUAGAGAGAUCAUGUAGAUGGAAAGGUAGUGUGAAGUAUAAGUCAUUUGCAGGCUUUACUGCUGUAGAGUUUUCUUUUUAGUACUUUAUUUUGCUCUUAAUUCUAGUAUCUUAUGGAUAUUUGAAUUACAUGUUGAACUAAAGUGCUUGGAACACAAUCCAGCCCAAGUUUUAUAGACAGCUGCAUCUAUGAUCUAGUCUUCUAAUUAUUGACAAGAAGAAUUUAUGCCAUGGUGUAAAAGAGGAGACAGCGCCAUAUGUACAGUGUACUGGGAUAAGUGAGGUGAGUCCUGUGCCCAGGAUUAGAAAUCAGAAUUAUUUACUGUGCAUACAAUUAAAAGCAAUCUAUUAAUCUACAAAAAAUCCUGCAUAUUUCUUAUUCUGCACAACUCUGCUACACCCUAGCUAAUAUCUAUUAAAGUGUUACUUAGUCUCCCUGGCUUCUGAAAGUUCACUGGGCACUGCUCCUAAAUCUGAAAAUCUUCACUACUGUAAGGACUAGAAACAUUGUAUACCCAUACUCCUUUGCUUACGCAGCAUGAUCACAGAAUACCCAUCGCUUGAAUUAUUAAUGUAAGCAGCUCCUUUCUAUAUCUUUGGACAGUAAGCAUUUAAUUGGGAUGCUUUCAUCAUUUUUUGAAAAUUAAGCACUACUAAUUGCCUAGUUAGUAUCUCUAGUUGGUAUCCCUUCUCCGCAACAGUGCACCUCCUGUUUAAUAUAGAUCUGGUCCAUACAUCAUUGCAAACUUCACUCAACAAGGGCCUAAUAAAGAAUGUUGCAGAAAACUGUAAAUGCACUAGAUCUUCCCGUCUUCAGUGGUGUGCAGAGGAGUCUUCUCAUUUAAAUAGGCAAGAAUGAAUGGAGAGUAGCAAAUGCUUUGCUAACCCAUCACUAAAUUAAGAUAAUAUCAGAAAUGUCAGCCUUGUUUGGCUUUGAGGGAAUGUCUUUUUACCCCUAUUUCACCCAUCAGCUUUUCUUGCUCCAUUUAAAUGGUAAUUAUAAAUUUAUAAUGCAUUGCAGGUGUUGCUCACUCUAGCCACCGUCCUUUGGGAGCACUGGAAGCAAUAGAGCUUUAAUAAGUGGGACUACUCGGUUUGAGUAGUUUCUUUGUUACGCGAUUUGCCACUUUUUUAUAAGAAACCCUGGUAUGAAUACAGUUUGAUUGCUUAAAUUAUAGGUUCAUGGCUAAAUGAGUUUGAGCAGCAUUUAAAUUAUUUUUCACUGUGGUAACUUUCAAAGGAAAUAGAUGCAAUUGUCGCAUACGUGCUACAAUUCUGUUUGUUAUGCAAGUGAAACAUUACAACAUUUUAUGCUAUGCCUUUGUUUAGAUUCUGAAUACUCUUUCGUAUAGUAGGGGAAUCAACAGAAGGUAGAUCGUGGUCCACUGGUUGACCAGUGGCCAGUUUCUGGUGGACUACCCGAGUAUGUGUUUCUUUAUCUGUCUAUUGUGAAAACUGUUCAUUUAUUCCUACUCUGCUUUUUGUGCUUUAGCCAGUUACUGAUCUGUAAGAGGACCUGCUAUAAAUUUGCUCAAGCGGCUUGGCCAAAAGCUUUUUGAAGCCCACAAGCUUAUUAAUGUUUCAAAAAAAAAAAAAUCUAAAAGGUUGCUGGCACAGGAUUUACCUUUGCAUAAUCCAUGUUGAGUCUUCUUAAGCAUUCAUGGAUUUGCAAUGUGUUCCUGACACCUUCUGCUUCCCCACUCUGACUAGCCACAUGCUUCUCAGUCAUCUGCUGCUUAGCCAUAUUGCCAAGGACCCAAGAAGUUCCCAAACUACAUGUAGUCAUGGUCAGAAUGAGCCAAUAUAAUUAGCUGGAAGUGAAACCAUUUUACCUAUUGUUGCUGGCUUAAUGUCUGAAGGCAGAGAAAACUGAAGAAGGUCCUUUAGAUACUUAGCUUCGGGCCAUACUGAUCUGUAGAUUAGGGAUGGGGAACUUAUGGCCCUCCAGGUAUUGUUGAACCCUAACUGCCAUCUGCCCUAUCCAGCAUGCCCAGUUGUCAGGGAAUUAAUUCCUUUUUCCCUGUUAGUGGAUAUAGUCUCAAACAAGAACUACUUUCCAGUAGGUGAAGACCUUUCCUGACUCUUUGGAAUAAUUUAAGGGCAGAGUCACCUUCAUACAUGCUACCUUCCCUUUAGAUCUGCUGUAGUUCACAACAUUAUUGAAAGAGAGAAUCUGCCACAUCAGGUGGGGCUAACCUGCGACUGGUGGGAGUUGUAGUGCAACACCAUCUGAAGGGCCACAGGUUGGCCACCCAGGUGCUCCAUGUGAUAAGGCAUGCUUAUAAAGUGGAUAGACACAGUUGGCACACAUAGGUUGCAUGAUCUUCUUGCUGUUUGGUCGUUUGGGUUGUUCCUAUCAGGAAGUUAUUUUAAAGCUUUGUGUUUGAAGCCUGAACCAUGUCCAUGUUUGAAUGUCGACAAUUCUGUAUGAUAUCUUUUACUGUGCAUAUCAGUAGAUUAGAUUAUAAUUGCUUGUUAUGUGAUUUUGCUACUGUUGCCUACCUGUUUGUAUGUGUCACUGUAUGCAUCUGAUUGCUGGUCAACAAAUAGUCAUUGAAGGGCUGGGACUCCUUUUCUCUGUGAAUAAUGUUCUUUAAGUGUUGGCAUAUCAGCCUGUCUAUACAGUUUCACAUUGUCUUCUGCAUCUGAUUACCAUGUAGCUAUUCACUAAGCUCAUAUCUUUUGUCUGCUUUCUAAUGUCUGUUACCUCUCCACCCCUAAUUCUAUUUUUAAAAUAUAUGUUAUUUAUAAUUUUUGGGUUUAUACAUUUCAAUAAUUUUACAGUCAUUUUAACAUUUCACAACUUGACUUCCUUCCCCUUCUUUCUGCAGUUCCUUAAAUUUAUUUAUUCAUCUACUUAAAAUAUAUACUCUUAUGAAACUGCAGGUUAUUACAAUGAUUCAGCCAUUGUUCUUAUCUGUUUACAAUUUGUAAAUACUCAAUAUACUAUUUCUAUUAUUUUAUAAAAAGUUUGUUAUCUUGAUUUCUUACUUUUCUGGUAAGUUUCACCAUUUCUGCUUAUUCCAUAAGUUUUUGUAUCCAUUCUUCUUUUGCUGGGACUUCUUUACAUUUUUGAGCAAGUAACAUUCUUGCCUCCCCACCCCUACUUUUAGAUUCUGUUACUUGUCUUUGUACCAGAAUGUCGUACUUCAUAACUCCAGUGUUAAGUACUCUCAUAAUGACACUUCCUGUGCUGUGCUUGUGCUAUGAGUGUCUUUUGUUUAUAUAUAUCAGUGUACUCUUAAAAUAGAUAAUGUCAUUGUGUGUGGACACUACAUGCCAGUUUUAAUUGCUUCCUUAAUUGGUGAGUAAUCAGGUUAGACUAGACAUGAUGAAACUCCUUUGUGUCUGUGGGAACUAAGCCUUGAUUAAAGUUCUUGAUGGAUGGUGAAGUGUGAUUUGAAGCCUUCCAAGUUUUAAUUAUCUAUUUAGAAUUUGCCUUCACUUUAUCUUUUCGCUCAGUGGCAAGUGUUUCUGGUUUCUUAGUCUGUGUGUUGAGCUGCUUUUCAUCAGGUGUUGGAGUGUUGUCUACUUUUUCUAGGUGCUGCUCAUCAUAUUUUUCCAGUAGCGCUAUUAUAAAUGGAGAUCAUAUAAUCCUUAAAAUUGGUCUUGGCUGCAUUCUGCAGAACUUCAGUACCUUUUUUGUACUUGAUGUUCAUCCUGACACCCAAGCGACAACCUAGUUUGUUGUGAUAACAUGAUAUUAUUCUAUUUGCAAUUUGGAAGCAGAGUUCACUUCAUCAGCUCUGCUGUGAGAGGCCAUCUCCAUCAGGCCUUCUCUCCCCUCAGCUGCCAUCUGCGGGCAGGCAUUUGAUCAGGCUGCCUCAAUGGGAGGGAUAAGAAGCAGGGCUCAUUUCAUCAGCUUUGCUGGAAGUGCAGCUUCAUCAGCCACCUCCUGCCUCUGAAUUAUGCCAGCUGGUCACUAUAGGAGCAACUGUUUAGAAAUUGGUGUCUGACUUUUGAUUUUCCUCUUCCAUCUCUGUCCCUUUCCCCUUGUGGUUUGUGGGUAGGCUUGUUUUGCUUGUAUGUAAGUGACUCUGGGAUCCUUUUUGGCUGAAAAGCUGGGUACAGGUGUUCUAAAUAAAUAAAUUUUGACAUGGCAGAACAGGUUCAAUGUACUGGUGCAGUAUAUUGGGCUGUACCAUCUUUGGCAACAUAGCUGGUUUGCUAUGUUUUAGCUACCUGGUUGAAAAAUAUUUUCUUAAAUAUGUUAUUUUAAUUGUCCUGCUUUUUCCCCAGGUCUCCUUCAGGAUUCUGACCAUCCAUAUAGCAGAUAUGAGAAUGAAUGAAAACGGAUGCUACUGUGUCUUCUUAAAGAUGGCAAAAAUGUGAAGUUAAUUUUCUGGUUCCAGUUUAAAUCACCAAAUAUGUGCAUAAAUGCUUAAUAGAAAAUGGUCUUUCCCCCCUUUGUAAACAGCAUUCUGUUUGUGUAUAUAAUUUUUUUCUAAUAUAGAAUGCAAUUGUGGUUCCUUUUCUCUCUUCCCCCAUCCCCUGUUCCUUUUCUAGACCUCUUAUUUAAUGGAAUGUGAGUUGAGUACAGAAAUAACAAUCAUGUCAUUUCCCCUAACACUCUAACCUUUAUAAAACAAAGAUAUCAUCGUCUUUUCCACAUAAUGCUAAAUAAAGACCUCCUUUAAAUCUGUGUCAAGUAAGUGUUGGCAAGUAUUUGACACUACAGACAUGUGUGGUAUCAAGUGAUGACAAAUAAUUACAGCCUAUGCCGCUUCCAAGACUGUUAAUAGAAUAUGAGGGGUGUAUGUGAGAGUAUGCUGGUGUGAAAUGGCCACCUUGGGCACAGCAACCAGACCUGGAUAGCUUUUGGUGUUUCUAAGUCAAUCAGUACUUUCUUGCUCUGCCCCAGCUCCUUGAAUGUGGGUACCUAAUGGAUGCAAACAUAUCCUUGCCUCUAGCUUUUCAAAUCUCUCUCUCUCUCUCUCUCUCUCUCACACACACACACGCACAUAAACACACACACCAGUUGGAUUUGCAGUGGCACAUAUCCUCUCCCAAUAUCUUGCCCCAUUUGGGCCUUCACUGCAGUUUGAGCAGACAACUCCAUUGCCACUUAGGGAGAUAAGUGCCCUGCUUAGGUGUUGGGAGAGGGUUCUGAUUUGUGAUCAUUAUAGACCAACAUUUGAAUGACAAUGGAUAUUCAACAAUACCUGAUAGCCUUGUUCCAUUUUUCUACAACAUGUAGAAAGCAAAUAAAUUUUUCUAAUGUAUAAAGAACAA